ACAAUGAGCUCAACACAGAAGGACCAACAUGGAGCGAGAAGUCAGCGCUCUCAGGAGGCCGACAAACCUCAAAGAAGAAAAAGAGAGAAAAACCACAUCUGUGACGAGUGUGGGAAGGGUUUUACUGGGAAGGUUAAACUAAAACAGCAUCAGGUCAUCCACACUGGAGAGAAACCGUUCAGCUGUGACUUGUGUGGAAAGACUUUUUCCUGGAAGCUUUCCCUAAAAACACACCAACUCAUCCACAGUGGAGUUAAAGCAUACAGCUGUGAUCAGUGUGGCAAACGGUUUAUAAAGAACACACUCUUACAACGCCACAUGUUUACCCACACUGAGGAGAGACCUUAUAAAUGUGACCUGUGUGAGAAGACUUUUAAAACUCCACGCUACCUGAGACAACACCAAGAGUUCCACACCAGGAAGAAACUCUACAAGUGCAGUUACUGUGAGAAGCAGAGCGACACAGAUGGAUCCAGUUCUCAACCCUGUCAUCACUGUGGGAAAGAGUUUCGUUGUGACCUUUGUGGAAAAACUUUCAGCCAUAAAAGGAACCUAAAAACACAUCAGCGUAGACACACUGGAGACAAAAUGAAAUACUGCAAAGAAUGUGGGGGAAGUUUCACCACAUCAGUUGGAUUAAAACGCCAUGAACUUAUUCACAGUGGGGUUAAAAAGCACCUCUGUGAUCAGUGUGGGUCAUCCUUCACCACUGUAAGUCAUCUUAAAACACACAAAGGUGUCCACACGGGAGAGAAACCAUACAAGUGCAGACACUGUGACAAAAGCUUCUCACGCCCAGGUCAUCGUAACAAGCAUGAACGUACACACAUGGAAGGAAACUACAGCUGUGACCAGUGUGACAAGAGCUUCAGGAAUCUCAGUUCAUACUCCGUACACAAACGAUCCCACGUUACUAAUAAACUGUUUCACUGUUACCAAUGUACCAAAACAUUCACUAAAUUAUCUGCUCUGUGCAAACAUCAGCGUGAUCAUUCAGGGCUGAAAUCACUCCCAUCACAGUGAAUCUGAAGAGACAGAAAGAUCCUCUUCUGGUUUCAGGGUCUGUUGGAUUUAAGUCAACCCUGCUGGUCAAGGCAGAAAUCGUUACUGAAAGCAACCACACAGACACUGCACAUGGUGGUGACCUCUCAACUACACCUCCGGUCACUUCAUUUAGGGCAUGACCUUUUAAAGAACCAACAUGUACAAAAGCAGAAGUGAGAAGUCCUGCUUUCUUGUGUGCAACAAAAAAUUAUAGCGAAUAGACAGCUUCCUCCAUCUUAUGCAUUGCACAAAGCUGCAUUCUAAUAAGAAAAUAUUUUAAUCAGCACACAUACAACCAAUGGAAAUUUUCUGAAGCUGAAAAUAAAUCUUCUAAUCAUCUAGCUCUUUCUGCAAAAUGAAAACCAUAUUAGGACACAGAAACAAUAAAAGCAUGUGACUCUGCACAAAUGACAAUUUCAAAAGCAUCAACUCUAACAAGGUCAGACUCAAAACCCUUGAGAUCAGGCUCCACAGAGUUCAGAUAGAAUCUCCUGUAAAUAUUUGAUGAGGCAGCUAUGAAUGAAAAUGUUCUGUUACUUACAUUUUAAGUUUUUUAAGAACACUGUUCUGCUUCAGUGUUCGUGUUGAGUGGUUUGCUUUGUUCCAGCAGUUGGAUGAAGAAAUCUGUUUUCAUGUUAUCAAGUUUUUAUUUAAUGUAUUUUGAUCCAUGUGUUCUGCAGAUGUUAUUUUGUUCACAUUGUUUGUGUUAUGAAGUCUAGCAAAUAUAAAAUAAACAUUUAAAAUGUCAA